AAAAUAGUCAUUACCAUGCAACAAACUGAGAAGCACAAAACACAGAAGUACACGGCUGGGCGUUCGCCUUUGUGGUCCACAAAAUAUCAAACAGAUGUCAGAGAUUCUUCAGAUGCGAACUGGAAAUAUCUUCACAAACAUAAUUCGUCUGUUCCACCAAACAAAGCUAAUAGGAGACAAGUCAAUGCGACGGCCGAACCAGUAUCGAAUUAUUAUUUUACUAUGAAUUCCUACAAACAACCUAAACAUCACAAUUGCGAAUCCCCAACGCAUACAAAAUACACGACGUGUCAAAAUACAGAACCACAUCGAUGGGCAUCGCACAAUCAGACUAAAAUUCCUCGGAACAAGUUUUACACUACAAACAACAAUAUCGCGAUCGUGAGAAGGUCUAAUUACAACAAGAACGAGUUGGAAGAUGACGAGAAGGUAAGAUACAUUGAUGAGGAAAUGGGUAAUUUCACCGAAGAUAACAUCGAGGAGGAUGCAAUCGAGGAAGUUGAGGACGAUCAGGAAGAAACAGCUGAGUCCGUCGAUAAAGAUUACGAAGAACACGAAGCUGACGAUGAGAUCGACGAAGAAUCCGAUUCACCUAUCUUGAGGUCACAAAAAUUGCAGAGACGACCUAAAAAGGAUGAAAUUUUACAAGAACAACAAAGAUCAAAAUUAGUUAAGCAACAGCAAGAUCCACGGAAGCUUCACUAUCAACAAUACAUACAAAACUCAUACGAUAGUCAUCCGUCAAGAAGAAGAUACUACCACGACCUCGAUGAUCGCGACGCAACAGAAUUUUAUUCCGACAAGGAACCGAUAGAACCACCAACACCACCAAAAAAUUCUAUCAGAAGGUUAGGGAACUAUUAUCAACAUAGGACACCAUCUAGAAGUUCAUCCGAUCGCUACGAUACCAUUGCUUCUUUGAAUCAAUCGAUUCGCCAAUCUCGACCCAGGCAGGAUGUCGAAGCUCUGUUGCAUUCGGAAAAUAAUAAGAAAUGUAUAAGAUGUGGUGCACCUUCUGGUAACAGAUCUUCAACGACAAGUAAAAAGAACAGCUGCAGAUUUCAAGAACAUCCUAAUUUUAUUGUGAAAGAAUCGAUCGGCGACGAUAUGGAUGCCGUUGAAAAAAUUAUAUGCAGCCGUUGCAACGUCAAACACAAUUCCGAGGACAUUGAAAGACCUUACAGAUUAACAAAAUCAGCUUUGCAGACAUUAAAACCACGACGAUCGAAAGGCUCGAAAGGAAUCUAUGAAGUAUCGGAAGAUUAUCAGAUAAACGAGGAAAUUCCAAAUGAUUAUAUGACGAACAGAUAUUCGAGAGAUAUUGCUGCGAAUACCGUUCACGAGAGAACGAGACAUUCUGCGCCAACAGCGCGUGGACUAACCAACAAAUCGUCCUCUCGUUAUGACGCUUAACAGCCAAUUUAUCACGAGGCUGUCCGCAGAUCGAGGGAAAUUUGGAUGAAACGUCGAACGAAAAAGUUUAAAAGACGUUUCAUGUCAAGGGCGAGUGUGUUCUAAUCUAAAAAAAAAAAAAAAAAAAAGAAAAAAAAUAAAAAAGGAAAUAAAAGCAAUAACAAGAACAAAUUAUUCGUAUCAGUGUAAAGUGAUCGUUUCCGUGAAAAGUCAAACAAAAAACUGAAUGAACUCGUAUACAUAUAAACAAAAAAAAAAAUUAUGACGCUUUCGAGAGAAAAAUGUAAUUCAAAAAUAAUUGUAUUAAGAAUCGUGAGAUACUCGCAUCCCAAUGAUUUCCCUCCGACCGAUUGUGUAAUAUAUAUUUUUGUAAAUGUCUUCGAAACGUGUAGGUGUGUUAAUGAAUGUUACAUAACAUAGAAUUUCGCUAAGAACGACGUAAAAUUGUUAGCACAAUGUACAUAUAGAGAUAACGAAUUAAGAAGAGACUAGGAGUUUAAUAUCUCAAAAUAUGUACUUUUAAUGUCCAAAGAUCACGAAAAGAAAUAAACGUACGAUCGUAAAGUGUACGAUUUCUUUUGGCAUUGGCAAUACGAGAAAAUACAAUAUG